GGCGGUUUGCGCGGGCGCGUGGGAGCGCGUCGGAGCGGCUCUGCGGCUCGCCCGGCGCCAUGGUGGAGAAGGAGGAGGCCGGCGGCGGCAUCAGCGAGGAGGAGGCGGCGCAGUAUGACCGGCAGAUCCGCCUGUGGGGCCUGGAGGCUCAGAAGCGGCUUCGAGCCUCCAGGGUGCUGCUCGUCGGCAUGAAAGGACUUGGGGCAGAAAUUGCCAAGAACCUCAUCCUGGCGGGAGUGAAAGGACUGACCAUGCUGGAUCACGAACAGGUAUCUCCAGAAGGUGCUGGAGCUCAGUUCCUGAUUCGUACUGGGUCUGUUGGCCGAAAUAGAGCUGAAGCCUCCUUGGAGCGAGCGCAGAAUCUCAACCCCAUGGUGGAUGUGAAGGUGGACACUGGGGACAUAGAGAAGAAGCCCGAGUCAUUCUUCACUCAGUUUGACGCAGUGUGCCUGACUUGCUGCUCCAGGGAUGUUAUAGUGAAAGUUGACCAGAUCUGUCACAAAAACAGCAUCAAGUUUUUCACCGGCGAUGUCUUUGGAUACCAUGGGUACACCUUUGCCAAUCUUGGAGAGCAUGAGUUUGUAGAAGAGAAAACCAAAGUUGCCAAGGUCAACCAAGGAGUAGAAGAUGGUCCUGAUACCAAGAGAGCAAAACUUGAUUCAUCUGAAACAACCAUGGUCAAGAAGAAAGUGGUUUUCUGCCCUGUCAAAGAGGCUCUGGAAGUGGACUGGAGAAGUGAGAAAGCCAAGGCCGCCCUGAAGCGCACGGCCCCGGACUACUUUCUCCUGCAAGUGCUCCUGAAGUUCCGCACGGAUAAAGGGCGCGAUCCUGGUUCUGACACCCAAAGCGAGGAUGCCGAGUUGCUGCUGCAGAAUCGGAACGAUGUGCUUGACUCGCUGGGCGUCAGUCCUGACCUGCUUCCUGACAACUUUGUCAGGUACUGCUUCUCUGAGAUGGCCCCGGUGUGUGCUGUUGUUGGAGGAAUCUUGGCGCAGGAGAUUGUGAAGGCCCUGUCUCAGCGGGACCCUCCUCACAACAACUUCUUCUUCUUCGAUGGCAUGAAGGGCAGUGGGAUCGUGGAGUGCCUGGGCCCCAAGUGAGGCCAAGACAGGGCCCCAGGGAGAUGCUGCUGUGUGCAGCCCACCCAUGCCUCCCUGUCCCCUCCCUGCAUGAUGACAUCUCCAGAGCCCCCACAAACAAGGAGGCCCUGCAGGUGUCUUGUGUCGCAUAGGUGCUGUCCAGGACCCAGCCACGCAGGCCAGUCAGCUCCCCGGUGUGAUCGCCUCAAAGUGGCCCCCUGGCUUUGCUCCCCUGUGCCACCACAUGGCCCCUCACCUUCGGGCAGGCUCCAUGCUUGGGGCUUGGGGGCUUCUUGCUGCCUUCUUGCACUCCUUCCCCACCUGAGGUCAUCCUCAGGGACGGUGAAGCUCAACCCCCAUUGAAACUGCAGUGGAGGCUGGGCGUGGUGGCACACGCCUUUAACCCCAUGCUGGGGAAUUCAAGAUCAGCCUGGGCUUCAGGGAGACCCUACCUCAAAAAAAGAAAGAAAUAGAAAAGAAACGAAACCACAGUGGAAGCCACUUUAGCGUUCCCACAGGAACCCUUAGAGGUAGUUUGGUGAGGGCAGGGUGUCCCUCCUCCAGAGCAGGAGAGCAGCAAGGGCUACCUGCUGUGCACUUCUGGUUUUGUUGCCUCUUCUGCAGGUUUGGGUGCUGAAAGAGAGAACACACCAAGUCGUCUUGCAUGUUAAAUGUUAGUGGGAUUACUUGUUUUGAAAAGGCCUGUUGAGAGCCAGGCAUGGUGGCACAUGCCUGUCUAUUAUAAUCCCAUUACUGGGGAGUGAGGCAGGAGGGUCAUUGCAAGUUUGAGGCCAGCCAGGGCAACGUAGUGAUACCCCAUCUGAAAGAAAAUUUAAAAACUCAAAAGGCCAAUUUCUAGCCAGGGGGAGGAGACCAGCUGCUCCUCACAGAUUGCCAUCACUGGACAUAGGAGUUUAAGGCCUGGUUCAACCUUCAGUUACUCCAAGUUGCCACUGUUGUGUUUUACAUAUUUUCUCAAUUUUCCGUGGUCCUUUAUUAAGGACUGACAAUAAAGUUAUUUGCUUAAA